AACUCGACGUCUGCUAAAACCCACACGGUGAUGAAUAGAAAGUGAAAAUGGCAACAAUCGGAUGGUAUGGACCUCUAAUCGAUCUCUCUGAAGCCUCCUCUCACCGUGGGCAUUUCGUUCAACUUCUUGUUCUUGUUCACAAGACCAUUCCUAUUCAGUAUAAAACUUCAGGAGGCGGAAAAGUAAUCAGGACAGACAUUCAGGUUGGUGACGAUACACGUCCGUAUUUCCCUGUUUCCAUAUGGCAAAAGCACAUGGGAUCGAUGUUAACUGCGGGAAAUAUUAUUUUGUUAGAGAAUGUCAAAGUGAUGAGAUUUGGAGAUGUCGUUGAAGCGAGAACAGUUCAGCAGUCAUCCGUACAAUGCUUGGUUGAAACUUAUGAAGCAAUACAUUCUCAAGGUACAAACAAUUUGAUGAUGACUUCUCAUAUUGGACUUGCAACAAAGGAAAAACUUAGGAAAGUUAUUGCAUGGGUGCUGCGAGCAGGACCUACUCUCAAUAAGCAUGUAUCCCACAACCGCAAGAAGAAUCAGAAUUCAUCGAACUGGAAACUCCCAGAGGAGAUGCAAACUAAGGAUUGUUUGUCUCUACUGGAAGUAUCAAAUCUAAAUGAUUCAUGCAAUGUAUCCUUAUUUGCCUCUAUUGGUGAAAUGUUUCUGCCUACAACCACCAGCAGUGAGUUUGAGGAGGAAAGGAUGUUUAUCAGAAGUAGAAUAUCUUGUGCUUAUGAAAACCUAGCUGAAGAUCUCCUUUGUACUGGCUGUCAGUUAUGCGGUGCUCCUUUGAAUUCUGAAUUCGGAUCUAGAAUUGAACAAGAAACCCCUCCACUUUAUUGUCAAAAAAGCUCUAACCGUCUCCAUAUUGUAAGCUUCAUAUACAGACCCUUCCUGUUGUACAUAUGGGAUGAUUCGACAUGUAUUCCUGUUGUUGUAAAAAACAAAGCUGCUGAAUUGUUGGUUGGAAACAUGAAAGCAGAGAGUGUUUACACCAGCUAUAAAAAGCAAGCCUGUAGAAAUGAAGGUAUCAACUUUUACUCACUCUGGUUAAUACUUCUGAAAGCAUUAUUGUUGCAACCAGGGAACAACAGCCCUUUGAAGUUCAAACUUAGAAUUGAUAUGACCAACAACUGGGAUAAUGGGAGGUUUGAGAUGAUAUCUGUGUCACUUCCUCAUUAAGUUUGCAUAUACUUUUCUAUAUUUUAAACCUUUCUAGCCGGUUACAGGUCGUUUUUUUUAAGUUAAAAGAAUGGAAGGAACCACUUUCUAAAAGUUCAAUGGUUUAUUUAUUGAAGAAAGAGUUUGGGGACUUGAAUCAUUCAAAAUUAGAGUUUUCAGCCUAUGUGACAUGAGUUGAUUACGAUGUAUUUUUGCACGUCAUCAAUAGUAAGAAGAUCCAUUGGUUGCUGGUAC